AUGGAUGUGAGGCAGUAUAUUAAAUAUGUCUUUUUCUUAAUAUUUUCACGCGUACACUUUACAUGUCUGAUUAUGCGUAUUUGUUUUCUCCUCCUCUCCUUUCAUUAAAAUCUCAUCCAAACCAAACUCCUUCACAUGGAUUUUGAUGCCUCUUGCUCCCUUCUCGCCGCAGCUCCGUCCGCCGGAAAAUAUUCUAUUCACGGCGACUGACGUCAUCCCCCCGGCCGGUUCUUGAUUUCCCGGCUCGGCGGCGCCGCCCCACUUCUCCCCCCUAAAGCCCCACCACUCGACUUAAUCGAAGGUUUCUAGCUAUAGAGCUAUGGGCCAUUUAUCUUCGAUGUUCAAUGGACUCGCGAGGUCUUUCUCGAUGAAGAUAAGUAAAAAUUUGAAGAACAAUUGUGAGACUUAUGAUUCGAGGGAUGCUGUUGAGUCGAUGGCUAAGGAUGCGAAGAAAAACGACUUGAUAUUGAGGAAUUCGGGCAUUAUCGAUAUUGAUGGGUCGAAUAAUUUAGCAUCCGUUUUCUCAAAGAGAGGAGAAAAAGGCGUUAAUCAAGAUUGCUGCAUAGUUUGGGAGGAAUUCGGAUGCCAAGAAGACAUGAUUUUUUGCGGGAUAUUUGAUGGGCACGGCCCAUGGGGACAUUUUGUAGCAAAAAACGUUCGAGAAUCUAUGCCUUCAUCUCUACUUUGCAAUUGGCAAGAAACUCUAGCAGAAGCGUCUUCUGAUCCCGAUUUCGAUUGGGAUUCGGAUAAAAAGAACCACAGGCUCGAUAUAUGGAAGCACUCGUAUUUGAAGACUUGUGCAGCUGUUGAUCAGGAGCUCGAGCAGCACCGAAAAAUCGAUGCUUUCAAUAGCGGGACCACUGCUUUGACUAUUGUUAGACAGGGAGAUAUUAUCUACUUAGCAAACGUUGGAGAUUCACGUGCUGUACUUGGCACCACUUCCGAGAGUGGAAACUUGGUGGCCGUUCAGCUUACAAUCGAUUUCAAACCAAAUCUGCCUCAGGAAGCCGAGCGGAUAAGGCAGUGCCAGGGAAGAGUCUAUUGUCUGGAUGACGAGCCAGGUAUUCAUAGGGUGUGGCUGCCCCAUGCUAACUCUCCUGGACUAGCAAUGUCCCGAGCAUUCGGGGACUAUUGUGUGAAGGAUUUCGGACUUAUAUCCUUGCCUGAGGUCACUCAUAGGCACAUCACAAGCAAAGACCAAUUCAUAGUGCUAGCAACGGAUGGGGUUUGGGAUGUCGUGUCUAAUCAAGAAGCCGUGCAAAUUGUAUCAACGAGCCCUGAUCGGGCAAAAUCGGCCAAGCGUUUGGUCCGAUGUGCGGCUCGUGCUUGGAAGAGGAAGAGAAAGGGGAUAGCUAUGGAUGAUAUAUCAGCAAUUGUACUCUUUUUUCAUUCAUCUACUUUGUGUGGGGAAAUUCAAAAUCAAGAUGCACCUUUAUAGAACACACUAGUUGAGUUGUUCUGGGUGCUAAAAAAAUUCCCUUAAUAUAUUGUUCUCCAUCUAUCUAUGUAUAUUCAAUUCUAGUCCGUUUACUUGUCUAAAGUAUUUUUUUGGUACACUUUCCCUUUAUAAGAAAUAGUCGUACAUUGUGUUGCAAUUUGUAUUAUUUUUGAAAUAUUACUCAUCAAAAUAGUACAUUAUUAUGUUGCAAUUUGUAUCAUUUUUGAGACAUUAAUCCCAAAAAACUUACGUAUCAUUUUUGGGAUCUAUGUUCCAAUAACGAAACAAAUUGCAACAUAACGUACUAUUUUUUAUUAGGAUAAAUUUAGUGUACCAAAAAAAACUUUAGCCAAAUAAACGGAUUAAAAUUGAUUUUUUUUCAUAUAUUGGGGUUACGGUAAA